CCGAAGCAGGAGAGCCACCAUAUUCGUCUUCUCCGGCAAAGAGACUCGGCGCCGGUGACGGCGGAGAAGAAGAGAGAGAUAUCGAUGGAAGUGAAAGAAGAAGAGGAAGAUAAACUACGUCGUCAGAGGAAGCUCGAAGAAGCGCUUGAAGCCAAAUCUCUUCGACGCAUCAUCAGUGCUUAUCUCAACUAUCCUGAGGCUUCAGAAGAAGAUGUCAGAAGAUGGGAAAGAUCUUAUAGGAAGCUGCCUCCUGCCCACAAGGCAUUGCUGUCCCAUUACCCUAUUAAAUUCCAGGGUUUAAGAAGGUGCAUAUCGAUGAAUUCAUAUUUCAUAUUUAACAUGCUUCAGGCAUUUGAGCCUCCUCUAGAUCUGAGUCAGGAUCUUGACGUUUGUGAAGACUCAAAUCUUGACUCUACUCCAAAUGAUUAUCACAUCUUAGAUGAAAGGCACGACCGUUCUUAUCAGCCUGUAUCAACAACUGAUUGUAAAUAUCAGGAAACUCAGGGAGGAAGUCAAGACAUGUCAGCGACAGGAGUGCCAUCUAAUGAGGAGCUCCAAGGCGAUGAUCCUUGUGAUCAUUCCCCCAAUCAUCCUGCAAACACAAGAAUCAAUAAGGAGACAUUUAAUUGUGAUGAGCACCAUAGAAGUCAUGAUGGUGGAAAGGUAUCAUCAUCCCCAUCGAAGGAUUGGCUGAAUCCAUCAUUACAGGCACAUGUUCCUCUCGUUGAUGUAGAUAAGGUUCGUUGUAUAAUUAGGAAUAUAGUUAGAGACUGGGCAGCAGAGGGGCAAAAAGAACGCGAUCAAUGUUACAAGCUUAUCCUUGAAGAGCUUGAUUCCUUGUUUCCUGAUCGUCAGAAGAAAAGCACCCCUUAUGCCUGUUUAGUCCCCGGAGCCGGACUUGGACGGUUGGCCCUUGAGAUUUCUUGUUUAGGUUUCAUUAGCCAAGGAAAUGAGUUUUCCUACUACAUGAUGAUAUGCUCAAGUUUUAUUCUUAAUCAUUCGCAAGUGGCUGGUGAGUGGACAAUAUACCCAUGGAUUCACAGCAACUGCAACUCACUCUCUGACAAUGAUCAACUACGGCCUGUUUCUAUACCUGAUAUUCAUCCUGCAAGUGCAGGAAUAACAGAAGGCUUCUCUAUGUGUGGUGGUGACUUUGUUGAAGUAUACAAUGAUCCGAGUCAAUUAGGGAUGUGGGAUGCAGUUGUGACAUGCUUUUUCAUUGAUACGGCUCAUAAUGUUAUCGAGUAUAUAGAAACCAUAUCCAAGGUUUUGAAGGAUGGAGGAGUUUGGAUAAACUUUGGACCUCUAUUAUAUCAUUUUGCGGAUAUGUAUGGGCAUGAAGAUGAGAUGUCUAUUGAGCUAAGUUUAGAGGACGUAAAGAGAGUUGCUUUCCAUUAUGGGUUCGAGAUUGAGAAGGAAAGAACUGUCGAAACAACGUAUACGACGAAUCCUCGGUCUAUGAUGCAGAACAGGUAUUACGCAGCUUUCUGGACAAUGAGGAAGAGAUCUUCUCCAUUGACUCAAUAAACUCCUCGAUUCCUUCGGACACGAAAUGUAAACUCUACCAAAAAUAUUUAAUUAUUUUAAUAAUCACAAACGAUAAUAUAAUAUGCAUUAUUCAAAUACUAAGCAAAUACGCUCACGUUUUCUA